UUAUAGUGUCUGUUUGCACAUUCUCUGCGAAAAUUUUCCAUGAGAGACUGGGGUAUUGAACAGAAAUGGAUGUCUAUCCUUCUUCCCCUCCUGCUACUUUACAAUGAUCCAUUUUUCCCCCUUUCUUUUUUGGUCAACAGCUGGUUUCCUGGAAUGCUAGAUGAUCUAUUCCAGUCACUGUUCCUGUGUGCGUUGCUGCUCUUCUGGCUUUGUGUAUACCAUGGAAUAAGAGUGCAGGGAGAAAGGAAGUGCUUGACUUUCUAUCUGCCCAAAUUCUUAAUUGUUGGUCUAUUGUGGCUGGCUUCUGUUACAUUAGGAAUAUGGCAAACUGUUAAUGAAGUACAUGAUCCUACAUACCAAUACAGGGUUGACACAGGUAAUUUCCAGGGAAUGAAAAUCUUCUUCCUUGUGGUGGCAACCACAUACAUUCUCUACCUUUUGUUCCUGAUAGUGAGGGCAUGUUCAGAACUUCGUAACAUGCCUUAUGUUGAUCUCAGGUUAAAAUUCCUGACUGCGUUAACCUUUGUGGUGCUUGUCAUUAGCAUUGUCAUACUCUAUCUACGCUUCGGAGCCCACGUUCUACAGGACAACUUUGUUGCUGAACUGUCGACUCAUUAUCAGAAUUCAGCAGAAUUCUUAUCAUUUUAUGGUUUAUUGAACUUUUAUCUCUACACAUUAGCCUUUGUGUAUUCCCCCUCAAAGAAUGCGCUAUAUGAAUCACAAUUGAAAGACAAUCCUGCUUUUUCUAUGUUGAAUGAUUCAGAUGAUGAUGUAAUUUAUGGGAGUGACUAUGAAGAGAUGCCACUUCAGAACGGACAAGCUAUUAGAGCCAAGUAUAAAGAAGAAUCAGACAGUGAUUGAUUAGACACGGACAGACUCGUUCAUCUGGGAUUAAGGCAACUGUUUAAGUUUUCCUGGAAGAACCAUUUUCUUGGCUUUCUUACAGCCUGUUGUCAUCAUCUGAACGCUGUCUGCCAGGAACGACAUCUUGCUUCUAUUUCUGUUUACAAAGUUAAAACUGAAAAAAAAGAAUGCUUGAAAAGGUUGUGGUGGAAACUAAAGAAACCAAUUUUUUUUAC